AUGGUGGGGUCAAGCUGUGCCACAGUGUGCUACCUGCACAGACACAUGAAGAGCAUGAAAGAGAUCGGCAGCCCCUUCUCCUCUCCCCGACUGCACAGUCAGAUGAGGGUCACCAUCGCCGGUAUCCUGCAGGGAAUUCUCUUUCUCUUUACCGCACUGUGGAUUUUCAUUCAUUACUCAAGCAAGGUUUUUUCCUCUACAUCCUUUGACGAUAAUAUCUUGUACACAGUAAUCUCUCUCUACAAGUUCGGCACCACUUUGAACCUGGGCAUCGCAACCAGCAUGUCAACAUCUGUAUGGCUGAAUUUCUUCUACUACACCCAGAUCGUCCCUGCCCAGCGAGCUCUCUUCACCUGGGUGAAGAGGAACAUCAAAAGCAUCAUCUACUGGGGCCUAUUUGGAGACGGGAUGUUCUUUAUGUUUCAAUUUGCUGUGAGGGCUACAGGAGUAUUUUAUUCCUCAGGAGAGGGGCCUGCUAAUACCACAGGUUUCACAUCAACGAAUGGCACUGCUAAUGUCUCUCCCAAAAAGGUGCUGCUUAAUAACACAACCACAUUAGCCAACGCCACUGAUGCUGCCUCUCUAACAGUCCUGCUUCACACACUGACAGCAAGUGAGUGUUUGAAAAUUAUCUACGUCUUUUUUUGCCUCUGUGUGAUGGUGGGGUCAAGCUGUGCCACAGUGUGCUACCUGCACAGACACAUGAAGAGCAUGAAAGAGAGCGGCAGCCCCUUCUCCUCUCCCCGACUGCACAGUCAGAUGAGGGUCACCAUCGCCGGUAUCCUGCAGGGAAUUCUCUUCCUCUUUACAGCACUGUGGAUUUUCAUUCAUUACUCAAGCAAGGAUCUUUCUUCUACAUCCUUUGACGAUAAUAUCUUGUACACAGUAAUCUCUCUCUACAAGUUCGGCACCACUUUGAACCUGGGCAUCGGUCAGGCUGUUUUCAGACAGAGGGCAGCUGAUAUUUGUCUCAAAGCCAAACAGGCACUGAAGCUGUGA